CAACCGGACGACGACAGGCGGAAGAGAUUCUUUUGGAUCCCCUUCCCAACCAGUGGUGCCCCAUUUUCUUGCCGUUUGCCCCUUUGGCCAGCUUCAAGGCCUUUUUGGGUCUCCUGCACACGCUCGAGACGUGUGGGGAGACGAGUUUGUUUGUUUGCCUUUUUUUUUUCGAGGGGUGACCGUUGAGGAUGGAUGCAGAAGGUCGUCUGCGUACCACCUCCUUUGUCGACCCGGCGCAACAGCAUGCAGAUAACGAUUUCGAUCCCUUGGCUGGUGCUCUCGACGGCAUGAACGUCAGCGACCGUACCGAUUUGCCCGAGGGGAGCUUGACCAAGGUCCGCGCAAGCAUCGGCGCUCCCGAGGCGCAGCGUGAGGAAGACGUUCAGUAUGGCCCACUAUCCGUGAUUGGCAACGGCUCGUUUGGCGUCGUCUUCAAAACCCAGCUGAUCGACUCGAGCGGUCGCCACCAAGUCGCCCUCAAAAAGGUCCUUCAAGACCGUCGCUACAAGAAUCGUGAACUGGAAAUUAUGCGCCAGGUCGGCCACCGCAACAUUGUCGACCUCAAAUGGUUUUUCCUCUCCCCGGGACAAAAGCACGAUGUCUACCUCAACCUGGUCAUGGAGUUUCUCCCCACCUCUUUGAGCGCCUUCGCCGAGGGCUAUGCCAAGCGCAAGAUGCAAAUGCCCGUUCUCUACAUCAAACUUUCCAUUUACCAGAUGUACCGCGCCCUUGCCUACCUCCACGGCCGCGGCAUCUGCCACCGAGACAUCAAGCCUCAAAAUCUCCUCCUUAACGUUUCCAAGGGCAUCCUCAAGCUCUGCGAUUUUGGUUGUGCCAAGAUUCUUCAGUCGGACCAACCCAAUGUCUCCUACAUUUGCUCCCGUUACUAUCGCGCGCCAGAGCUGUGUUUGGGCGCCGUCUUCUACUCCCAUGCCAUUGAUGUCUGGUCGGGUGGCUGCGUCAUGGCCGAGCUCUUGAUGAACCGCCCCAUCUUCCGUGGUAGCAAGUCUUCUGACCAGAUGGAAAAGAUUAUGCGCGUCCUCGGUGCCCCCAAGGCUGAUGAAAUUCGCACCAUGAACCCCGA